AUGUCCACUGAUGGCACCCAAACUGCUGAGCCAGACAAGCGCACGGCGCAGGAUCUUGUGAAAGAGAUCGCGAAAGAACGUGGUUAUCUUGGUGAAGAACAACUCGCGCGGAUCGGGGAAAUUAACCCCGAACUUCGCCGCGAAGUGGAAGAAGCGCUACUACGAAAAGAAGAGAUGAUUGGGUCUGCUGUCUUGACGCUCGCUAGGAAUAUCUACACAAGCAACGCUAGGUUUGUCUUUGAGCUGCUGCAGAAUGCCGAUGACAAUGAUUACAGCACAGCUGUGUCACAAGGUCAGGACCCGUAUGUCUCUUUCAAGGUACACCCUGACAAGGUGACGAUUGAGUGCAAUGAAAGUGGCUUUACUCAUGAGAACUUGAAAGCAAUUUGUGCAAUUGGUAAAAGUUCAAAGGUCGGCGCAGCUGGUUAUAUUGGAGAGAAAGGCAUUGGGUUCAAGUCUGUCUUCAUGGCAGCUUGGAAAGUCCAUAUCCAGUCGCACAAGUUUUCUUUCUCUUUCACGCACCGCAAAGGAGAUUCAGGUCUCGGAAUGGUCACGCCUGUGUGGGAGGAGACGGAUGAAACGACAGUCGACUCCUCCACUCGCAUCACUCUACUGCGUCAUACAAGUGAGGAUCCGGAAGAAGACGAACGGCGGCGCGACGCCAUCCGCCUCCAAUUUCAAGACUUGCAACACACGAUACUACUGUUUCUACGGAAGCUACGCAAGGUACAAGUGUCUUUCUACGACAAAGAUGAUGUUCAAACGGCAACCACCGUUUAUUCUCUUCACGGAAGCAAUCCCGCAACUAUUCGAAAGGAGACAUCUGAUGGUGUAGAUGAGAGACAGUAUCAUGUCACCAAGCACGUUGCUGAGAACAUCCCUCGAAGCGAGAAUAGGACAUACUCGGAUGAGCGGGACCGCGCUGACUCCUCCACUGAAGUCGUGCUGGCGUUUCCCUUGACAGAUACGGGAACCCCAAUUGUCGAGAACCAGGAUGUCUUUGCGUUUCUCCCAAUGCGACCGAUGAGUUUCAAGAUCACUCUUAGUUUACCUCAACGAGACAGCCAUCCUUGGGACAGUUUUUGGUCGAGUCUCCUAGACAGGAUCAAAGAAAGAAUACAUCAAGUCAAGGUUCUCCGUACCCUUGGCUCUCGGCAGCUGGGUUACAUGUACCAGCUACGCAAUCUUCAGUCAUGGCUACGCGAUGAGAAGGGCGAUCCCCUGUUCUCGGACACCAAUAACGAGAUAUAUCUCGCAAAGGAAUAUACCAAAGAUGACCUCGACCUAUUGAAGCCGUAUGGCUUACAAGGAGCCUCACCAAUGGAAGUUAUUCUCCGCAUCGAGAAUGAUCUUCAGAAGCCUCCUGAAGCUUCCAUGAUGAAGCGCUCGAUGAUAAGCAAUGAUGGGCAUUCAUCCGCUGCACGAGCGCUUAUGCUACUGUUGAAAGGCAUAACACUCGAUGGUCCGGGUCCGAUACAAGCACGGCCCGAGCAACUGAGGUUCAUUCCACUGGACAAUGGCGGAUGGGUCUCUGCGAGUCGCAGGCCACUCUACUACUCUCAUUCCUCUGGACAGCUGAAAAUUCCUCGCGGCCUUGGUCUGGUUCUUGUGGCUGCAAACGCAGCAUCCAAUCCACAUCGGCGAGCUCUACUUGACAAGUUUGGUGUCAUUGAGGCACGGUUUAGAGAUGUUCGGUUGACGAUCAUGCAGAAGGCGGUGCUUCCUGUUGCGGAUGCUAAUUCUUUACACACGUCGUCUUCCUACCUCAAGUUCAUGUAUCUUUCUGAGGCUCUUCUAAAAGACGAGGAAGUCCCGAAGCUGCUCAAAGACUUCCAGGUGUAUGACCACCAGCGGCGCGCGUGUCGAUCAGUCAAACAUAAUCUUUACCUACCAGGUGAUGACGAAUACGGACCACGUCAAUUACUUUCACCAUAUAGCAGUGCACCCGGUUUUGACGUGCCAUUUCUACACGAUGACUACCUCCAUUCUCCGCCCGCAACACCAGAGGGCCUUGCCUGUAACUGGGAGGAAUGGCUAGAAUUGCGACUCCGCCUGCGUCGCAAUGUCCGCCUGACAAGGAUGGAUAAGAAGGAAUUGACGAUCUCUCCUUUGUUCCGCUAUAUUGAGAAGCAUCGGCCUGACCGCCUGCUCGGCGCUCUACAACGGGCAUGGAAUAUUGAGAACCUCAGUGCCACAGCCUCUGAUCAAUUGAUCGAUGAGCUGUCCAAGAUGAAGGUUUCUUGUAAAACCCAGAGCGACCGUUACUGUUUGUUUUCCUUGAUGUCAACUUAUUUGCCUCUGCCAGAACUUGAAAGCAAGCGUUCUCGAUAUGCUGAAGAAGGGGGCUCUUUUUUCCUAAAUCUAGGCGAGCCCAUAACAUCAGAUACAUACAGAGUCAAAUGGGGUUUCUUGGUGGACCAUCUUUAUAUUGGUCACACUGACGAUUCUUGCUUUUACCUACAUAUCCUCAACGCGAUUCGCCACGAAAAUACUGCAGCUGACAUUAGUCGAAAGUCCAGGAUCUUGGAUCUCUACGAAGUCAUACAUACCCGAUGUCAAGAGGCCACAAAUGUCCUUGACGAGCAGACCAGCACAAGAGAUACGAUAGCUGGACAUCGACUCGUAUACAUCCCCGCCUGUGAUCCUCAACCAGCAACAUGGGUAUCGCCUGACGAGUGUCUAUGGAACGCACGAAAAGAGAUGCAAACAGCAUAUCCUCUUGCCCAUCUGUAUCGAACAGCAUUUCGUCGAUCCGAAGAAGAACUAGACAUAAUGCGGCAAUUUUUCAAGAUAACCCUGGGUGUCAGGGACUGUUGUUGGGAAAAUUACCUCAACGAGUUGCGGAGACUCAAUACACUUGGAACUGAGGACUUUGACUGGGUGAACGACAUAUACAAGUCUCUCAAAACGGAGCGGCCGAGUCUCGCCGACAUUGAUGCUACAAAGAUCAGGAAAGCAUUCGCUGCAGAAAAGCUCAUAUACUUCAAAUCUGGCAAUGUCAGUCGCUGGUAUACAGUCAGCGAGUGUUUAUGGUCAAGCGCCACCAAGAUUCGAGGCAGAGUAGCCCUCAACGAUCUCUAUCCCGACCUAGAGGACUUCUUCGUGAACUUCCUUGGCGUACAAGAACUCACACUUAGUAUGGCAUAUGAUGAGCUCAAAGAGAUGGGGGCGAGGAUUCCCUGCCCCCCAAUUGACGCUGUCAAAGACACAAUUUGGGCACUCAAUUCGUUGUUAGUGACGGCAGACCGCCUGCCAGACGAAAGACCGAUCCUAAAAGGAACAGCAUUCCCCGUCAAGUACCCGAAUGGCUCAGUAAAGCUGCAUCCAGGUCGUACAGAGUUCUCCAUUGUUGACCGAAAGGCUCUGGGGGACAUCUUUGGGACACGAGCCAAGACCCUGGACUUUACACUCGAUGAAGUUCGGCGGCUAGAGCCAUUUCUCUCGUGGCUCAACAUGGGGUCGAGAUAUCUAUCCGCCUCUGUUCGAGAAAUAUCUACCGUGGCAAGUGAGGGUAUGAACAAACUACAGUCUUUUGAUAGAGAGAUAAAGCAAAAGGCCGACGGUCUCUACAGGAUCGCCGUCCACUACAACAGUCCUCGCACACAAAAUGACAACUCGAAGCUCCAUUGGAUUCUUUCCCGCGCAGAAGUCCACGAAACAGACGGCAUCUCAUCCGAGCUUCAUCUAUCCCAAGAUGGGCACGCGAUAGUGCAUGUUCAAGAACGAAGCGAGCCACAUAUACGUGAAGACAAUGAUGCCCUCAAAGUUUACGUGCCACGAGAUCCCGAGGCUCAAGGAUUUUGUUACUUUGCGGCGCUUCCGCGUCGUUUACUGGAAUGGAUCAUGACAGAUCCUUCCACCCUUGAAGGAGCGGAUGUGAAUUACGGCAAAGACGCCCCGGGUGAAGCGGUGGAUGAAUCUACGUCUCUAGCCUUGGUACAACCAGAAGUCCGUGAAGAAGAGGCUGCUGGCCAUGAAGACGUUACCACUCAUCAGUCCGUCGGCACUGUGUCCCCGCCAAGGCUAUCGGAUUUUCCCAUACGACAAAGAAGUCCAGCCACGUCGAAUUCAUCCGUGACUGGACAACUAGUCUUCACACCUGCUUCUUCAACGGCUAGUCAUUCCAGUCGGAACAAGCGAAAGCCUGUACAUCACACGCCAACAGCAACCGCUAACGCCCGCCACGGAGGUAUGGUUGAUGAUGGACAAACGUCGUCUGGAACAGCCAGUCACCCAUCGUUUGUGUUCGGGUCGUCGCCUGCAAUGCAAUCCGGCUCUGCAUUCCAGUUUGAUGGUCCAAAUGGAGCCACGCUAUGCUCUACGAUUGAGGAUGAAGAAAUUUAUCUAGGUUUGAUCAAUAAUGUCAUUACUUCGGCUCGUCAUGGGACAAUUCCUCGCCGCGAGUGCUUCGGUGAGCCUGGACUCUUCAGUGCGCUACCAGAAGUUGAUGAAGAUGUCCAACUGUCACAACGUUUCCGCUCAUAUGGACCUAAAGAGAGAGAUAUGCGCAUCGGAGCUCUUGGCGAACUAUACAUCUUUGAGCUUCUUCUGGGGAUCAGCCCAGCUCUCUUACAGUUCAGCAGAGACAAUUGGCAAAGUCGGAUGAGAAAGUUCAUCAACAUCCAUCCUAAUUACUCCGACAUGCCAGCAUGGACGGGUCAAGAGACCGCCGAUAUUGUAUACUUUGAUCGCGGGCGAGGGUUGACAAAGCAUUUGGUGGGAAAGGGACAGCUUGGCCCCAGUUGGUUAAACGUGAAGCCUCUGUACUUGAUUGAGGUCAAGUCCACAACUGGAGACCGUCGCACUCCAUUCUAUAUGAGUAAGCGACAGUACCAAAAGAUGGGGGAGUACUCGCGCACAUUGGCAUUGUCGGCGCCUACAGCCACGGCCACGACCGCGCCCACCAUUUACCUGAUCGCCCGGGUCUCGAAUGUCGACAAUCCUAACAUACGGUUGGAUCUGUACUUCUAUCCAAAUACAUUGCGAGCGCAAGGGUCAUUGGUCUUUACGCCCGAAACGUGGUCGGUUGUUCCUGGGUCUGUUGAUCCUGGAUGGUUAGGCUAG